AUGGCGACCAACGCAGUUAAAGACAAAAACUCAGUAUCUGCAGAAACAGAUUACGACCUGGAAGAGGAAAUCGACAACCACUUGAGGCGUGUUUUCUACAUAAAACCAAAUGGUGACUCCCCGAAAAUGAACCCAUACAUAGUGGAGUUCUUUGGGGUUCUUAGUUUAAAUGAUCUGCGGGCGCCUGAGCGUAAACUAUGGGUUAUCUACUUCUGCAAACAGCCGGAACUGGACAAAACUGUCGACGAAAUCCACCAGAAGUACGGCAAGAAGAAUAUGUUCGACCUGUAUCGCACCCCAGUUUUCAGUGGAGCUGCUCUGCGGGCCAGUGUAAAGAAGCACUUUUCGGGGCUCAAGUGGUUUACCAACGGAAACCUGCUGGAAGCCCCUCCAAAGAGCCACUUUAACGACGAGCGAGUGGUCAAAACCAUUACGGAUCUGCAUCACCAGGAGCAGCAGAGGCUGUACAACUAUGUAAUGGUGAAGCAUAUGUGGUAUCACCGAUACAGAUAACUCCUAGUGAUUGACUAACCCUGUGAUUUAGUAGUAAUUUUGCUUUAAAUAAAUGUGGCCUUAAAAGUUC